UAUGUGGGCAGUCAUCAAGCUUCCUGGUUGAAACUAGUUAAUUGGACAUUGUGCAAGUGCCCAGGAAAAAGGCUGAAAGCCUAGUCCAACAUGCCAGGCUGUCCCCUCCCCUGGUUGUGAAAGCAGCAGAGGGCUCCAGCCUGCAUGACAAACCCAGCCACAGGAUAAAAGUGCUCCUACCUUGGGCUCCUCACCUGCAGCAUCCUCAGGAACAGCCUCAUCCUGCCUCCUCUGUAUCUGAUCAACCUCCUGCCGCGAUGUCCUGCCAGCAGAGCCAGCAGCAGUGCCAGCCUCCUUCCAAGUGCCCCCCAUCGCCCAAGUGCCCCCCGAAGAGCCCAGCACAGUGCUUGCCCCCAGCCUCCUCCAGCUGUGCUCCAGGCUCCAGGGGCAGCUGUGGCCCCAGCUCCGGGAGUGACUGCUGCCUAGGCCACCUCAGACACCACGGAUCCCAUGGAUGCCGGCGCCACAGCUCCAGCUCCUGUGAUGGUGGCAGUGCACUGCAGUCCCUGGGCUCUGGGUGUGGCCAUGGCUCUGUGGGUGGUUGCUGACUUGGGAUCCUGAUGCUGAGACAAGAACUCCUAGAGGAAAUGGGAA